UCUGAUCCCCAAUUUUAAUUCCCAUAAGCCCCAAGCUUAGGUUUCCCAGCGUCGUAAUCAAAUAAUUUACUUGGAGGACACGAAAUAACCAUUCACCCCAAUUCUAGAUGUGCAAAAAGGCAAAUACGAAUUCUUCCACAAAUACCCAGAAUAGGUAUUGUAUUACACAUAAGAGGAGUACGUACCUUAAUAUAACAUAAUUUUUGGUCAUCAUCCCUUGGUACCGGAUCUUAGCCAAGGGGAUUCGGGUAUGGAUGUCAUUUGAUACUACAUAGGUAGGGGAAGCAAACCACAAUAGGAAGUUAUCAGAAUGGCAGCUUUCUCUCAUCAUUCUCAAUAUACCCAUUCGACGCGCGAUCAUUUGAGAGAACCUCCUUCGAUCUGGAAAAGGUUAUUAUUGGUUCUGCCGACUGAUUUGGCAGUGUCUCUACAAAGGAUGGCAGACCAACAGAAUUUCAAUAUGGUUGGGGGGAAGACAUCGAGAAUACCGAGGCUAGUGAGGGGGUGGUUGAGAGAUUGGAGUUGGAGACGAGCUUUAAGUUUACCCCAUUUGUUGGUGUGUGUUUGGGUGGUCGUUUUGUUGUCUGGGGAGCGCUGGGUUUUCGAAGAAGCCGUGCGAGCUUGUGCGUGGGAGGAAUGGGAGAGAUGGCCUCCAAAUACUACGCCCCAUCACUUAAUCUUUCUGGCAGAUCCUCAAUUGACGGAUCCGCAUUCAUACCCUGAUAGGCCAUGGCCGUUGUCGACUUUCACCGUUUGGCAUACGGAUAACUAUAUGAAGAGGUCUUAUAUACAACUUUCGAAACAAUUACAUCCAGAUACGAUUUUUUUCUUGGGAGAUUUAUUUGACGGAGGAAGAGAAUGGAAGACUGCGCAUGGGAAUUCAGAAGAUCAAGCAUGGGCAAAAGAAAGACGACCAGCAAAAGAGCAGAAGCAUCUCGAGAGUUGGAGAAAAAGAUACGGAGAGGAUUUUUGGCUGAAGGAAUACGGUCGAUUCUCUAAGAUCUUCUCGGACAAUUGGAAUUUGGGAGGAACAGAAGCUGGAGUUGGGCAGAGAGGACGAAAGCUCAUUGCAAGUUUACCAGGAAAUCAUGAUUUGGGCUUCGGCGCACAAAUCAAGGUGCCCAUUCGUGAUCGGUUUGAGGUUUACUUUGGAGAUGUAAACAGAGUGGAUGUUAUUGCGAACCAUACCUUUGUUUCUGUAGAUUCAGUAUCAUUGAGCGCUGGAGCAUCAGAACGUCCAGUUAGUGAAACUGCACCUAUCACCAAACCAGUGGAGGAAUUUCUGAACAAUGUUCAAGUCUCCAAACGAAAAGCCGUGGCUAGAGAGUUGGACUUUCAGGCUGGAAAGGAAAGAGCUAUACGAUAUUCUCACUCAGUUCAAGAUGUUGAAUUGGCAGAUUACGCACACUUACCAACUCUAGAUCCUGGACCAAAUGGCGCUGAGUUUCCUACUAUUCUUCUUACUCAUGUACCACUAUAUCGAAAUUCUGGAACUCCAUGCGGUCCUCUUCGAGAACAUUGGCCACCAACUCCACCACCAAAGGGUCAGACCAUGCCAGUCAUACCCGAUCAUAGAAAUGCCAUCAGCGUAUCCAAAGGAUACCAAUACCAAAAUGUCCUCGGCGAUGACGACUCCAAAAAACUAAUCUCAAAGAUUGGCAAUGUAGUUUCUGUCUUCUCAGGCGAUGACCACGAUUAUUGUGAAUUAGUACAUCCAGAAGACAAAAAUCACGCCCGAGAAAUAACAGUCAAAAGUAUGAAUUGGGCAAUGGGGAUACGAAAACCUGGUUUUCUCAUGCUAAGUAUGUGGAAUCCAGUUGGCGCGGAUGGAAAACCCUUACACUCGGUUCCUACGGGUCAUGGGGCUGAAAACGCACAUAUUUCCACGACGAUGGAAUCGCAUCUUUGUUUAUUACCAGAUCAAAUUGGAAUUCUUAUAAACUAUGGCAUUUUGGUGGGGAUAUCACUUCUUCUCCUGAUUAUUCGAGCGAUCCUCGUGCCUUUUACAAAUCUUGCCCCUUUCGCUCUUGAUUCGAAGGGAUCUCCUUCAGGCUCGGGUAGUCCAAUUGAUUCAGAAUUCUCGCUGUUGCCAACUAGUAUCAAAGAUCUCAAACGCGAAGAUGAAGAGGAAAAAGAUCGGAGGAGUGAAGGGAACUCGUCCACUUCGAGUACAGCUACGGCUAACAAUCUCGCAAGUCGUACUUCUAGAACGAGAACCUCGAGUCCGGCGAAUGGGUAUGGGUUACCGGGACAGGGAUAUUCGAUUGGAGUUCCGUAUCAACAGGCUCAACCGUUGAUCGAGAAGGCGGGAUAUUAUGGAGGGUUGGAGGGGAGAAUUAGGUGGGAAAGUGAGAGGGAAUUUGAGAUGGAGAUGGAAAGGGAGAGGAAGAGGAAAGCGGAGUUGGAGAGGAGGAGGAAUUAUAAACCUUGGAGGAUAGUGGUAUGGUGGGGAGGAUUUAGAACUACGAAAAUGGGGAGAAUACUGAGGGAGAUGGGGUGUAGUAUUUGGAGAGUGCUGUGGGUGGUUGGCGCAGCUUUUAUGUGGUUUACUUGGUUUGGUUAGGGGAUUGUGUGGCUGAGUCAAUAAGGAGAGCAGAAAAGGAGUUUUAAGUUGUGUUAUUAUGUUAAUUUUGGCUGUUUGGCAGGCGUAUUGGUGAUGGUGCAUUCGAGGCGUGUUUGCUUGUUUACUUGUGUGCUUUUUACUCUCUAGCUUCACCUUUGCUUCUACUUGUACUUGAGUAUGGCUCAGUCUUCCUUUAUAAACAUAAAAAUAAGCUUCGCACCGCGUCACUUGCGUCGCUAGCGGUUGGUUGGUUGGUUGGUUGCAUUGGGAUAUGGUGAUGGAUAGUGGGUCAGGCUGAUCUGAUUCGGUGUGGGUUAUGGAUGGAUGGAUGGAUGGAUUGUUUUUUCUUGGUCAGAGGCUGGAAUUCAAAAAGUACCUAGGUAUGAAAGGAAUAGGAAGAGGGACGCUAAGAAGAGCAUUGCUUUUGCAGUUAGCGUUUAUUUGUUAUGUUGGUGAGUUAGCGGCAUGGCAUGCAUGGCAGGUACCUAGUAGGUAGUUGUUGAGAAUAAGAAUGCAAAUGAGAAUUCAUAUAUGGUUAUAUGAA